UCCCCCCCCCAAAAAAAAAAAAAAAAUCUCAGCUCCAUGAAGCUGAACAUGGCGUCGACAGGUUAGCCCGUGGCUCACCAGACCAACAACACGUUCAGCUUUCUUCUUCUUCUCUGGAUGUGGCCCUGGACGCAGCGCUCACCUGGACCAGGUCAUUUUGCCAAGCCUUGACCUUGUGGGGACCGGCACAAGUACACACACACACACCCCUCACGUGACUGACAGCUGGUCCACGCGCUUGCCGUCACGUGGCUCUCAGCUGAGAGUCAGAGGCCUUGGGGGUCACGUGACGCCGAAUCCAGCCUGUCUCGAGAAACGCAGCUGCAGAAGUGCUGAGUCAUCGAACGUCGCCGCGCGUCACCGUCUGUCGCGACUCCAACCAGAUACAUUGCCGAGCAAAAACAACACAGCAAAGAAAGCCGGCGUCACUCUGGACACCUGCGCCGGAAGUCGCUGUCAAGCCUCUUACUGUGAAGGCAGGCAGCGGAAGUGCCGCUAAAUCUUGGCCCGUGUUCUCCGGCGCCGCUCGAUGGCCGCCGGAGUUGGAGUUUCAGAGAAGUUCCUGCGCGCUCCCGCUCCCCCUGACGGACCUUGUUGUUGACGCGAAAGCGGAACCGGAGCCCGGGGUUUCACUUCCCGGCGAGAGUCGCUCGGUGCCGGACAUGCGGCCGCGACAUGAUCGCCUCUCCGGACCUGCUGGCUUUCAGCGACACCGCGGGCUCGGCGCGGCUCGGACACUCGCUGCCCGAGGAGCACUGGCUCCCGCUGCUGGCCCCGUCUCAGCCCUGGAGCUCCUCAGCCCAGUUCCGGCGGGACUUCAUCCUGGUGGCCGAGUUCUCCGAGCAGGUCGGACCCCGGCCGGUGCUGACGAUCCCGGACGACUCCGAACUCGUUGGCACCUUCGACCUGAACCACUUCUCCGUGCGCUUGAUGUCGGUGGACUACCAGGCGGCGGGCCCGGGCCCCGGGCCCCCGCCGGCGCCCGGGCCCCGCCUCAGCUUCAGCGAGGACUCGGAGGUGAUCCUGGGCGACUCGGGCCGGGACGCCUUCGCCUACGUGCACCACCUGACCCUGCACGACCUGGAGGCGCGCGGCAUGGUGCGGCCCUUCUGCAUGGCCUACGUCAGCUCGGACCAGAGCAAGCUGCUGGAGAACUUCGGCGAGCUGUCGGCCGGCUUCUCGCGGGCCGCCGAGAUCCUGAAGACCGGCAACAGGCAGAGCUUCUCGGGGGAGCUGCAGAGCAGGCUGCAGCAGCUGCAGUGCGCGCGGAUGGCGCUGCAGGCGGCGCCUCGCCCGACAGACGCAGACUCCCUCCAGCUGGAGGCGCUGCAGCGCUCCAUCUCCACGCACCAGGAGCUCCUGCGGCAGGUGACUUCCUACCCCAACAGGAAGCUGCAGCGGCCAGACUUCCUGCCCUACGACCCGGCGGACGCGGCCUGGUUCCCGCCCGCCGAGGAGACGCCGGCCCCGAGCGCCGAGCCUCACCUGAAGUCGCUGGAGGAGCUCUGCAACAGCUACUUCCUGUCCCUGACGCGCAGCCAGCUGGCCGACACGGAGCGGCGUCUACGCGGCGACCGCACGGCGCUGCACGCCGCCCGAGUCACGCGCUGGCUGUCCAGGAAGCUGCCGCUCACCAACUUCCUGUUUGAGCUGUGGAGGCCGGAGGAGGAGAGCGAGGAGGAGGAGGAGGAGAGCGAGGAGGCCCGAGGCGCGGCGGACGGCGGCGAGGACGCGCUCUGCUCCUGCGUGGAGGAGCUGGCCAUCAGGCUGGAGCCCGCUGCGCCGCUGACCUCUGACCUCUGCAGCCAGAUGACGGCAAGCGUCAGCAGCAGCGACAGCAUCGAGGUCCUGGCCACAGAGAGGUCCUACCGGGCCCAGCGGGUCGACGGCCUCGGCAAAGCGACGGCCGCAGCAGCCGAGGCGCCGCGCAGACGCCCGGCCCGGGCCGACAGCCAGGACAGCAUCGAGGUUCUGAGCACCACAGAGUCCAUCUGCCCCGAAGACCUGAGCGCCAUCAGCGAGGAGGACACGCCCACCCAGGGAGUCCCCAGGGAGCUCCAAAGUCAGGAGGAGACGGUGGACGACCCGCGGCCCGUCGACCGGCGCAGCACCUCAGAUGAGCCUCUGCUGCUGGAUCCAGGCGGAGAGUGUUCAGUCCAGAACCAGUGGUCUCUGCCGGCCCAGCUGCAGAGCGGGGACGAGGCGUCCGACUGCACGGGCUCGGACCGGCCCACCCGUGGCGGCGGCUGGGGCAGUAGGCGGCGGCGGAAGGCGGGGCUCCGCGCCCUGCGCUUCCUGAAGGAGAACUCCUUCUCGCAGAAGGUGGUCUUCUGUCUGCUGAGCGGCCGAGCGCUGGUGGUCCUGGGCACAGACCCGGGCCGGGUGCAGAAGCUGGUGGAGGCUCUGAGCCUCUUCCUGCCGGCGCCGGGACCGGACCGCGGCGCCGUGAUGAGCGGCCUGACCUCGCCGCUGCAGCUCAGCCACCUGCUGACCUGCAGGCUGAUCGGGAUCCAGCGGCCGGCGCCCGGCUCCGCCCCCUCGCUGCUGGCCUCCCUGACCCGCCUGGGUCGGUACCUGGCCCUGCUGGACCUGGACCACGGGACGCUGCGCUGCCCGUCCUACAGCGGCUCGCUGGUCGGCGGGCUGGCGGACCCUCGCACCUCCAUCCGCCGCGGCGCCACCUACCUGCUGCACCUGGAGAGCGGCCUGACGGCGCUGUCCAAUCGGGCGCUGCUCUACACCUUCGUCCGUCGUCAUGGAGACGGUGACGAGGCGCCGCAGAGCGGCGGCGACGCGAGCGUGAUGCGCUUCCUGUCCGAGCUGCUGGUGCUGCGGCUCGGGGGCCGUGGCCCGCCCCUGCUCCGCUUCUCAUACGCGGCAGCGCAGCUGCACAGGAACUCUCUGCCCACGUGACCAGGGGCGGGUCCCACGUUCCACUCCCCUUCCCGGAGUGCAUCAUCUUGUUUCCCUCACCAGAUGGCGCUGUUUUACUUCUGUCGCUCGGACGCUCCUUCCUCAGCUGAAACAUUAUGACCGCCAGCACUGAGGCCUGCAGUGGUCAGUAUCUGCGUCCGGCUGCUGACACCUGUGGGCCCACAGCUUCAGCUGGGUGCUCGUAAUGUUAUCCUGGAAGUCGACGUGUCACUUCCUGCCGCACCAUGAAAGUUCGUGGCUGAAAUAAAGUUGUUCUGACACGAGUCGGAGGAUUUGAGGCGUCGGCGAGGCGCAUGGUCCCAUGGUGGCGGACCCGGAUCUGGACCCGGACCAGCACGAGGAAGGACGGCGAGCUUUAUUCUCACUCCGUCAAAGUCAAGUCAAAACAGCGAACGCAGUGACGACACGCACCACUUCCAAGUGUGGGACACGGGUCAAGCGAGUCCGGCUCCGGGUCCUGCCACGGUGUGUUCAGCAGUGACCGGCCUGCAGGGGGGGGGGGCAGAGAGCCGCGAUGACGUCACCUGGACGGCUGGAGCGAGGCCACGAUGGAGGCCAGGUGCGGGCAGAUUCACGUCACCACAGACGGCGCGCUGAUCUGAGGAUCCGCUCUCUGCUGACCCCUGCUGGAGAGCCACGUCUUCUGCACCCACCUCCGCCGAGGCGUCCGCGCGCAAGGGCGCCGAGGAGACGCGCCGCAGCAGCCAGGCGAGGACGGGUCUCAGCUGCCUGACCUCCUGGCUGUAGAAGCGCUGCAGCCGCAGGCAGAACUCGGAGGACAGGUCGCCCGUCACCAUCUGCCUCUGCACCGCGCCCACCACCCUGGACACCAGGCGCCAUCAAGCCGAGGGCCCGGGG